AUAUCAGAUGUCUGACUAUUCUUGGUCACAUUUGCUCUAGAUUUUGCUUGUCAGAGUUUCCAAACAUCCUAAGAAGUUAUUUGCCACUAUGAUGCCUGGAGGCUUAACCGAGGCCAAACCUGCGACUCCAGAAAUCCAAGAGAUUGCUGACCAGGUGAAGCCACAGCUGGAAGAGAAAGAGAACAAGACGUAUCCAGUCUUUGUAGCCAUAAAAUAUAAAACUCAGGUGGUUGCUGGAACAAACUACUUCAUUAAGGUUUCCAUCAGCAACAGCACCGAUGAGUGUGUACACUUGAGGGUGUUCCAAAGGCUUCCUCAUCAGAACAACGGGCUCAGUCUUACCAGCUAUGAGACUGGCAAAACCAAAAAUGAUCUACUGAGCUAUUUUUAAUGAGAUGCUUGGGAUGGGCUCUUCUGUUGCUCUUUCUGCAGACUCCCAGCUCGUACCGCCAGUGCCAAUACAUGGAUGAAAAUAAAAUGAAUCUGAUUUUGAAAACUAA